CCAAGUUCCAACCGAAUUCAUUCACGGGAUGAUAUCUUCUAUUAGUAUCGUAUGUAUCCAUAAAAUUCAGGACAAACUAUAACACAGUUGUUAAAAUCGCAGAAGAAGCGGUUACGACUUAUGAGUUAUGACUUGCAGAUUUAGCUAUACGACACUUGUAACACUGGUAAAGAGACACUAGAGCACAGUGUGCAAAAAUUCAAGCUUUUGCUCGAACUUCUAUUACGCACUUCACAGAAUUUUCUUCCCAACUUCCAACAAAAUCAUCGUUAGAAUUUCUAAAAAUUUAUUUCAUUACUUGGGUUUCAUUAAAAUCUUAUUAUAAACAAUACCCAGAUGUCACUUUCGACGCUUUCUUCCUCUAUUCACUUCCAACAACUUUCCAGACGACCUCUCAUCACAUCUCGGACCUCUCUGGUGGCUGGAGAUCUUCUUGCCUCUCCAGCAGCUAGUCUGGUUUUAUAUGGGCGUGCUGGCAAUUUUUGUCACAAGUUCCAAGGCUUGAAACUUUGGUUUCUUAAAAAUCUUAAGAUUAAAUUGUGCAACAGAAAAUAUGGACAAGAAAACAAGCUAAAAAAAUCAAAAGUUCUUGACAGCAACCGUUUGGCUGAUUCUUCGAGAAUAAUUGCGUCUUGUGAGGAUCAGGUUCAAGAUGAAUCAGAUCCAAUCAAUGAAACAAGAAAUAUUUCACUGCCCGAAGGAAGUUCUAUAACUUCUCCAAUAGUGGCUCCAUUAGACGGAUGUUCAAAUGUGAUGCAGACGCAUUCCUUUGGAUUUGGUCUUAAGGUGGCUGAGGUACCGUCCCUUAGUAUUGCAAUUAUAGGAGCAACAAGUGACCUAUCCAGAAGGAAGAUCUUUCCAGCAUUAUUUGCUCUAUAUUACAGUGGCUUUCUUCCAGAGAAUGUCCGAAUAUUUGGGUAUUCCCAAGAAAAUAUGACAGAUGGAGAUUUGAGAUCAUUGAUAGCUUCAACUUUGACAUGCCGUGUUGAUCAUCAGGAGAAUUGUGGGAGCAAAAUAGACUCUUUUCUUAGUAAGACAUGCUAUGUUUAUGGAGGUUAUGACAACCAAGAAGGAAUUGUGAAGCUCAACGCAAGGAUGGAGCAAAUUGAGGGAGAGCGUGGAUCGAACCGGAUCUUUUACCUGUCUGUGCCUCAAGAAGCAGUGUUGGAUGUUGCAUCCUGUAUCGCGGAUAAUUCUCAAACAAAAAAUGGAUGGAACCGUGUAAUAAUUGAAAAACCCUUUGGUUUCAAUGCAUUGUCGUCUAACAUGCUGACAGAUUCUCUUCUUUUGAAAUUUGAGGAGAAGCAAAUAUACAGGAUUGAUCAUCUUCUGGGGAGAAAUCUUAUAGAAAACCUUACUGUUUUAAGAUUUUCUAAUCUAGUUUUUGAGCCAUUAUGGAGCCGUAAAUAUGUACGCAAUGUGCAGGUUAUUGUAUCUGAAGAACUGAACUUACAGGGUCAAUCAAGGUAUUCUGAUAAUUAUGGAGUCAUCCGAGAUAUGGUUCAUAGUCAUGUACUCCAAAUGGUUGCACUUUUAGCCAUGGAAACUCCUAUAAGUCUCGAUGGCGAGGAUAUUCGAAAUGAGAAGGUCAAGGUUCUGAGGUCAAUUGGUAAACUGCAACCUAGUGAUGUCAUUCUUGGACAGUAUAAGGCUAGGUCCGAAGACAAAUUUGAUGUCUCUGUGACUUCAAUGACCCCAACAUUCUUUGCGGCAGCUUUGUAUAUCAAUAAUGCACGAUGGGAUGGUGUGCCAUUUCUGAUUAGAGCUGGGACAGGACUUACUGAGCACAGGAUGGAAAUACGUAUACAGUUUGAUUAUGUUCCAGGAAACAUUUACAGGGGGCGUAUGGGGCAUAAUAUUAAUCUUGCCACUAAUGAGUUGAUAUUGCGAGAUGUUCCUGACGAGGCUAUCCUAAUUAGAGUCAAUAACAAGGUUCCUGGCCUAAGUUUGCAUCUGGAUGCUUCAGAAUUAAAUUUGCUUUACAAGGACAAGUACAACGUUGAAGUGCCUGAUUCAUAUGAACAUCUUAUUCUGGAUGUUAUAGAUGGAGACAACCAUCUAUUCAUGAGAAGUGAUGAGCUUGCUGCUGCAUGGGAUAUUCUCAUUCCCGUUCUCGAAGAGAUCGAUAAGAACGUUUGUCCGGAAUUGUAUGACCUAGGGGGAGAAGGUCCAGUAGGAGCAUACUAUCUCUGGGCAAAACAUGGAGUUAGAUGGGUAGAAGAUUAAUUACAUGUUAGUUAAUCCAGAAGUUAACUGAAUUGUCAAUGCAAGCUCUAAUGAAUUAGUGACCACUGAUAUUACUGCCUAACAUACAGCAAAUUACCCACGAAUAAUUGAUAAUGCAUGUGGUUAUAAACGACAGAAACCCAACACUGGCCAGAAAUUAAUGUAAACUAUCUUCUUGCUUGUUGUGGUGCUGUUUUUUUUGGUUUUUUGUUUUUAUAAUAAAUAUAAAAUUAGGUAUAUUUUUCCUU